CUCUUCGCCGUCCUCCCCGACGAAUUGCAUGCCCACACCCUCACCAGCCCGUUAACAGCGACAGGGGAAGAGAGACUACGCGACCUGGGGUUCCGGACGCGCGCCUUCGACGCCCUGUUCCGCGCCUGGGAAGCCAUCCACCUAGUCCCCACCGAGACAAACCAGAUGCUCAUCCGCGACGACAUCGUGCGGGUCCUGCGCGACCACCCAGAACUCUCCGCAGACCUCGAGCUCACCCCAGCCAGCGCGAUCCACGCCUACGAAACAACGCGCAGCUUCCUGACCCAACUAGCCAAACGCCUCUUCCCAUGGAUCACCCCCUACUCCGCCGACCACAUGACCCUGCACGCGCAAUUCCACAACGGAGGCCGCGGCCUCGUCUUCACAGCCGGCAACGACCAAGCACCCUACCUCGCGACCUCGAUCCGCACCCUCCGCGCCCACGGCUGCACCCUCCCGAUCGAGAUCCUCUACCUGGGCGACGAGGACCUCGACGAGGAGAUCCGCGACGAGCUAGAAGCCCUGCCCGGCUCCGUCGUCACCCGGGACCUGAGUGUAAUGGUCGACGACGCCGGCUGGACCCUCCGCGGCUGGGCCGCGAAGCCCUUCGCGAUCCUGCUGUCCAGCUUCCGGGAGGCAAUCUUCAUCGACGCGGACGCGCUCUUCCUGGCGGACCCUGCGGCGCUGUUCGACGACCCACUCUACAAAUCCACGGGCGCCUUGUUCUUCAAGGACCGGCUGUUCAUGCCCGGAAACGAGAAGCGGACGUGGCUGCGGCGUGUCCUCCCCGCGCCGGUGUCCCCGCGGGUCCGCCAGAGUCGGAUGUGGACUGGCCAGAGCAUCCACAUGCAGGAGUCCGGGGUUGUAGUUGUGGACAAGUGGCGCCAUUUUGUGGCGUUGUUGAUGGUCACCCGCAUGAACGGGCCGGAUCGUGAUGGCGAUGAGAGUAAGGGGUUGGUGGGGGUUUAUGAUAUGGUUUAUGGGGAUAAGGAGACGUUCUGGUUGGGAUGGGAGCUGGUCGGGGAUACCAAGUAUGCCUUCCAUGAGGGCGCGGCGGCGGUCAUGGGAAAGCCCCAGGCGAACCGUGACAACACCACCACUACAGAGAGUAAGGAGCACGACUUGAAGUAUACCGUGUGCGCCCCGCAGUUGCUGCAUUUGGGGACUGACGGCAGACCCCUGUGGUUCAAUGGGUGGCUGCUGCCGGAUAAGUUCUCGGACGAGGAGCGCCAGCCGACGAACUUCGAGGCUUUCAUCCCCGAACCCCCCAGUGCAGAGGACAGCGGCUCGUGGCAGUUGCAUGACAGCAACGUCUGCUGUUUGUCAGCCGACCAGGUGGUCUACUUCGACGCAGCGGAGAAGGAGGCCUUGGAUGGGCUGAUCGAGAUAGCUCGGGAUGUGGGGGCGAUCGGU